ACCACACUAGGCGUUCUUGGUUGGCUGGGCAUCAUCAUAUCAUGUGCGCUUCCUCUGUGGCGUGUGACCGCUUUUAUUGGGACCAACAUUGUGACGGCGCAGAUUAUGUGGGAAGGGCUGUGGAUGAGCUGUGUGGUGCAGAGCACUGGCCAAAUGCAGUGUAAAGUGUAUGACUCCAUGCUGGCUCUUCCUCAAGACCUACAGGCCUCUCGAGCAAUCCUUAUUAUUGCUUCCCUUGUAGGUUUAAUAGCUAUAUUGGCCAGUUUUGCUGGUGGUAAAUGUACUAACUGCUUGCCAGAUGAUAUCGCAAAGGCUCGGGUUGCUGUAGCAGGAGGAGCCUUCUUUGUCACUGCGGGGGUGUUGGGCUUGGUGCCAUCUAGUUGGACUGCCCAUCGGGUCAUUGGGGACUUCUACAAUCCUCUGGUGGCCCAUGCUCAGAAGAGGGAGUUGGGAGCAGCUAUCUUUAUCUGUUGGGGGGCAGCGGUUCUCAUGCUGGUUGGUGGAGGACUCCUCUGCAGCUCUUGCCCAAAAGGAAGAGCAUCCCGUGGGGGUCGGUAUAUGGUGGCAUCUCGGAAUAGAAGGGAGCGCUUGGAUUAUGUGUGACUGUAGCGUGUUUGACUAUUCUGAGAACUGAUGUGUGGAUUUUAAGUGUGUUCUUUUUAAAUGUCGUGUGUUUUUUUUUUUUUGUGAACUAGGAGUUUCAACCUGCUGCUGAAUUGCUGUUAACUGAGCUAAUAAAUUUUUAUCCAACUGAA